AUGGGAGAAUGCACCCUUGACAGGCUGUCGGACUGUGUUUGCAACAACAUUACCCUUCAAGCUAAGGCAUCGGCGUGCAUUCAGACAUCUUGCGAGUUUCAAGAUCAAAUAAUUACUGCUCAAGCGUCACGAGAGCUUUGCCGGGGGUAUCCAGUUGAUGAACAUCGCCGCCAAUCUUGUCGACUACUCUUUAGCACUCUCCCAGUAUUCACUGUUGCUAUUGUUGUACUUCGGUUUAUCGCGAGGCGAAUGGCUAAAAUAAAGCUUUGGUGGGAUGACUGGACAGCAUUGAUGGCUCUGGUAAUGCUUUUCCACAAAUGA